ACACAUGAUUUCUUUAAUUUAGGAGAAUGUUAUGUACAGAAUAUUUAAAUUACUUAUGUGCAAUAUUAUUUUUAAUCGAACUCAACAUUCACUAUGGGAGUAUAUUAUUCUUUAAAUAAACAAAAUGGUUGUAUACAUAAUAAGAUUUUUAAAGGAAAAAUUAUUACAAAUAUUCAUAUAAACAAAUAUAAACGUUCUGGAACACGAAAAUAUUCACAUAAAUCAAAUUCAUAUAUCAUUAAAGUGAUAAAUAUUACUGCUAAUAAUAAAAAUAUCUUAAACCAUAUGAAUACAAGUUUAGAAAGUAAAUCUCUAGAUAAAUCACAAAUUAAUUUUAUUUCUUCAAUGAACUCAAGAGGAUGUAUUUCACCUACUUUACCUAGACGUAAGUCACCAACACAUUUACAUGCCAAAAUCUUUAAUAGUUGUGUUCCAUUAUCUGGUUUACGUCGAUCAUUAUCUCUUCCAAAACAAAACAGUUUAUUAAAUAAGAAUCUUUCUCCUGAAUCAAGAUUAGGAAUAAUAGGAUCGAAGUGUUUGUCAAGAAACAAUUCAAAAUGUUCAGCAGCAGCAGCAGAGGGAAAUACUUCACCGAUUGGUGUUGAACUUUCAAUUUCUUCUGGUGGUUGUUCUAAAGACCUGUUGAUGAAGUGGAAGAGUAGUAAGUAUGGUCAAUCUUCUCGUGAUAAACGCGAUAAGGAGGUUGACUAUGGUCAAGAUAAUCUUGUAUUCGAGAACUGUUUGGAUUGUAUCGAUGAUCAAACGACAAAUACAACCAUUCUUUCUAGUGAUUACACGUCUUCUAUGGAUGAUUGUUCCUCUAUUUUUUAUGAUCCUAUAUUGGCUAAACUUGAAGCAGAAUUACCUGUUCCACCCCCUCCUCCACGUGCUUGCCCACCUUGGCUUAAAGCUGCUCUUGCAAAACAAGAAGCUUUAAGCAAAGAACCAAUACAGAAAUUUGAUUUUAAAGAUAGAUGCUGUGUAUCAUCCUCGUUGCAAUUACCCACAUCUCAGUUAUCUCCUCUUCCAUCUGACUUGGAUCAACAUAAAGCUUUGAGCCUUGGAAAUAGCCGUUUUAAUGUUCGCAUUUAUCCAAUUAUACAAAAUGGAGUAAAAAUAAGUGAUACACACUAUUGGCUUCUUGAUCCCCCUCGAUCCAAAACGUUACGCGAUAACUCUACACUUAUGCGUAGAACAACUGAAUGUGUACGUGUUCCUCCAUCUUCACCACUGGACAUUUAUUCUACAACUGACGGUUACACAAACAUUGAAUCCACCAGUUUAUGUCCUCCAAACGAGUUACCACUCAAAGAUGUUAAACUGAGACGUGGUAAAUCUGAAAAUUGUAAAGAUUCUUUAAAGAAUUUCCAUAGAGAAUUAGUUUUACGUUUGAUGAAAGAAGUUCCACAAGCUACUGAGUCUGAAUGCCAAGCUGUACUAAUAGGUAGCAGUUAUGAUUAUGAAGAAGCUACAAGAAGAUUAAAAUUUGAAUUACUAUGCCGUAAAGGUUAUGUAUCUCGAUCACAUAGUAAACGUUUAUUACAUAAAUAUAAUUGGGAUUUAGAUGCAGCUAUCUCACGAGCUCAUUAUGAAUACGAAUUUCGAAAAUUAAAACGUCAAGAAAAAGAACAAAUAGUAUUUGAUGAUGAAGAUCCAUCAUCAUAUUUUAAUCAGACUAAAGGUUGUAAUAAAUAUUUAACACAAUCAUCAACUUCAUCAGAUUCUUCUUUAUCAACUUUACCAUGUUCUGUAAAUCAUCAAUCAGUUAUUUCACCAUGGUAUGAUGAAGGUCGAAGAAGUAAUCUAUUUUAAUUGAAGAUUUUUAACUCUAUGAGAUACAAUAGUAUACAUAUUAUUAUGACUUAACAAUUAUUCUGUAUUAAAGAGUUUAUAUUGACAAUAUACAUACGGAUACAUACACAUACAUCAAUCAUAAUUAUUUCAGAUGAAAGAAUAAUUAUAAAUAAUAAUUUUUUUUAUUACUAAAGGUAAACCAAAUUUUUAUUUAUUUAUUCUGUAUCGAUCGAUAAAUUUGUUUCUUUUCCCUCUCUCUCUCUCUCUCUCGUGUUACCGGUGUGUUCAUAUGUAUGGAUUAUUUAUAACAGCAGUGUCUUAAAUUAUUCGAUUGUUUUUUUGUUUUUGUUUUUUUUUUUGGAGGCAGGGAGGUAUGAUUGAGAUUGUUAUUCAUUUAUUUACCUUUGUAUAUAUUUAAGCAUUUACAAAUGAUCAAUAGAAAAAAAAGAAAAAAAUAAUGUACUUUAUAAACAAAUUUUGAGAAAAAAAGUAACUAAUUUAUCCGUAAUUAAUGACUCGGUUUAUGAAAAAGAACAAUUGCAUUGUAAGAUGAAUUUUCUUUAUUGAAUAUGUUAUUCUUUAUGAAUUCAGAAUGAGAACACAUACAUACAAUUACAUACAUACCUACAUACGUACAUAUAUACAUACAUACAUAUAUAUAUAUAUCCUCUAACUGUACAUAAACCCAAAUACAAUACUUAUUUAUAUUGAUAAAUUAGUAAGAAAGAAUAAUAAUAAUAAUGAUCUAUUAAUAAGAAGUCUAGUCAGUUAGUAUAUUUCUUCUCUUCAAAAAGUAAAUCCCUUUCAUAUCUUCUACUACUUCUUCUUCACUUUCUGUUCUCUUAACUUAUUUACUUCUCAUCAUUUAAUCUAUAUACUAAUCAGUGCUUUGUAAGAUUACACUUAACUAUUAUACUUUGUACAAUUAACUUUUCUGUAUGCUGGCAAGCAAUAGUUGAUAAUAAUAUAUUGCUUAUUACUCUUUUACUGUUACUACAACUUUUGGUUGCCAAAGUUACAUCAUCAAUAUCAUUCGUCAUAAACGUUAUCAUCAUUUAAAUGAUUUUUCUCCUGAUCUCUCUGUCUCUCUUUUUUUUUAAACAUUGGUAUUACUUAUUUUCAUCGAAUGUCAUGAUACAUAAUUAGUGGAUUAUAUUGUAAAAGUUUUUGUAUAUGCGUUUGUACAUGUACAUGGAUAUAUAUAUAUAUAUAUAUAUAU